AUGGUGAACGGAAACAUUACCUUUGACGACUACCUCGGCCUCACCACCUGCCUGGUCGAGUGGGCCGACAGCUACGACACAAAGGACUGGGAGCGCCUCUCCAAAUGCAUCGCCCCGACUCUUCGUAUCGACUACCGCUCCUUCCUCGACAAGCUCUGGCCCGCCAUGCCCGCCGCCGAGUUCCUCGAGAUGAUCUCGUCGCCCCAGGUCCUCGGCGACCCGCUGCUCAUGACGCAGCACUUCAUCGGCGGGACCAAGUGGGAGAAGGUGUCCGACACCGAGGUCGUCGGCGUGCACCAGGUGCGCGUCCCGCACCAGCGCUACCUCGACGCCGACCGGUCCCGGGGCGUCGCCGUCAAGGGCCACGCCCACAGCACAAACACCCACUGGUACCGCAAGGUCGACGGCGUCUGGAAGUUUGCGGGGCUCAUGCCCAUCAUCCACUGGGGCGAGUUCGACUUUGACAAGGUCUUUGCCAGCGGCCGCGAGGAGUUUGGCACCGAGGCAGAGGGCGGCAGCAGCCAGGAUGCCAAGGCAGAUGCUGAGCGGGCGGCCGGCGUGCCGUCCUCCGUAGACGCUGCGCCUGGCAAGCCUCAGAAGCUCGAUGUCACGGCAAGCCGUGUUGCCGUCGAGGCAUCUUAG